GCAAGAGCGACCGCAGGUCUCAGUGGUAGGCUGGGUUGAUCUUAUUCGGUGCGGCGGCUGCUUAUUUAGGGUAGGGUGUUGUUGCACUACCUUCUCCACCGGAGCCAUGGCGGGCAAUAUGGCCAAGCUGAUUGCGGCUAGUCCCUUGAACCUCUCCAGGGCUCUGCUGAAUGUUAAGUCAUCUGCUGUUAUGGCCAGCCCGGCCCGCGGCGCCAAACGCUGGUACCCGGACGCCAAGUUCAUGCAGCCGUUCGAGAAGACGGUCAUCACCACGGGCGACGACGACGUCGUCUGGAAGCGGCCCGACUUCAACCAGCACGUGGAGCCGCAGGUCAAAAAGAUCCACAUGAUGCAGCUGAACUUCGGCCCGCAGCACCCGGCGGCGCACGGUGUGCUGCGGCUGGUGCUGCAGCUCGAGGGAGAGACGGUGCUGCGGGCUGACCCACACAUCGGCCUGUUACACCGCGGCACCGAGAAGCUCAUCGAGUACAAGACGUACACGCAGGCGCUGCCGUACUUCGACCGGCUCGACUACGUCUCGAUGAUGUGCAAUGAGCAGUGCUACUCGCUGGCCGUCGAGAAGCUGCUCGGCAUCGACGUGCCCGAGCGGGCCAAGUGGAUCCGCACCAUGUUUGGCGAGAUCACGCGCCUGCUCAACCACAUCAUGGGCAUUUGCACGCACAUCCUGGACAUCGGCGCGCUCUCGCCCUUCUUCUGGAUGUUCGAGGAGCGCGAGAAGAUGAUGGAGUUCUACGAGCGUGUUUCGGGCGCCCGCAUGCACGCCGCUUACGUCCGACCGGGCGGCGUCUCCCAGGACCUGCCGAUCGGGCUGCUGGACGACAUCCACGACUUCCUCUCGAAGUUCAACGAGCGCAUCGACGAGCUGGAGGACGUGGUGACCAACAACCGGCUGUGGAUGCAGCGCACCAUCGGCAUCGGCACCGUUACCGCCGAGGACGCGCUUAACUGGGGCUUCAGCGGUGUCAUGCUGCGUGGCUCGGGCAUCGAGUGGGAUCUGCGCAAGGCGCAGCCUUACGACGCCUACGACAAGGUCGACUUUGACAUCCCUAUCGGCAUCAACGGCGACACUUAUGACAGGUACCUCUGCCGGCUGGAGGAGAUGCGGCAGUCCGUGCGCAUCAUCGAACAGUGUCUGAACAAAAUGCCGCCGGGCGACAUCAAGGUGGACGACCACAAGAUCGUGCCGCCCAGCCGCGCUGAGAUGAAGGAAUCGAUGGAGGCGCUGAUCCACCACUUCAAGCUGUACACGCAGGGCUACUUGGUGCCGCCGGGCGCCACCUACACGGCCAUCGAGGCGCCCAAGGGCGAGUUCGGCGUGUACCUGGUGUCGGACGGCUCCAGCAAGCCGUACAGGUGCAAGAUCAAGGCGCCCGGCUUCGCCCAUCUGGCCGCCAUCGACCACAUCGGCAAGAACCACAUGCUGGCCGAUAUUGUCGCCAUCAUAGGUACGCUGGACGUCGUAUUCGGCGAGGUGGACCGCUGAGUCGGCGGCCGCUGACGGCGUCGACGACGCCGAGCGGGUGUACAUACUGCAUAGUACUGGGCGCGUGUGCCACGGCCCCGGCGGCGGGCCGGUGAUCGGCCGCCGCCGCCCUGUGCUGCCGUGUGACCUCAGAGGCGGGGAUGUGACCUCAGAGGUCAGAACUGGU